AGACGGAAAUACUCCGAGUGUUUGUGCUUUGAAUGCAAUACCUUGUAAGGCAUCAUAUGUUAAAAGAGGGCUUGGUAAUUUCCUAUUUUCAUCAUAAGCCUUGAACACACCAGAAGAAGCGGGGCUACUUGCUAUUUAACGUGAUUAGUUGCUUAGCUUGUUAGCGGUGCUGGAAUGAUGCAGUUGGCGCUAAGCAAGACGUUUGGCCAGAAGCCAGUGAAGUUUCAGUUAGAACAAGAUGGAGAUUUUUACAUGGUUGGGUCGGAGGUUGGGAACUACCUGCGUAUGUUCAGGGGCUCUUUGUAUAAAAGAUAUCCAUCUCUAUGGAGGAGGCUGGCUUCAGUAGAAGAGAGGAAGAAAAUUGUAGCAUCAUCACAUGCCACUAGUGUCACUCUGCUGAAGGCAUCAGAAUGUGAAGAGAUCUUUGAGGGGAACGAUGAGAAAUACAAGGCAGUGUCCAUCAGCACAGAGCCCCCAGCUUACCUCAGGGAGCAGAAAGCGAAGAGGAGCAGUCAGUGGGUCCCCACUCUGCCCAACAGCUCCCACCAUCUAGACGCCGUGCCUUGUUCCACGACCAUCAACCGCAACCGAAUGGGCCGUGACAAGAAAAGGACAUUCCCCCUGUGUUUUGAUGACCAUGACCCAGCAGUAAUCCAUGAGAAUGCAGCGCAGGUUGAGGCUCUGGUUCCCAUCCGUCUGGACAUGGAAAUAGAUGGACAGAAACUGCGUGAUGCAUUCACAUGGAACAUGAACGAGAAACUAAUGACCCCAGAGAUGUUCGCAGAAAUUUUGUGUGAUGACCUGGAUUUGAAUCCUCUGGCCUUCGUCCCUGCUAUUGCUUCAGCCAUUCGUCAGCAGAUUGAGUCCUACCCCACUGACAGCAUACUAGACGAGCAGGCAGACCAGAGAGUUAUCAUCAAGCUGAACAUCCAUGUGGGGAACAUUUCUCUAGUGGACCAGUUUGAGUGGGACAUGUCGGAGAGAGAGAACUCCCCUGAGUCCUUUGCGCUGAAGCUGUGCUCUGAGCUGGGUCUCGGGGGAGAGUUCGUCACCACUAUAGCGUACAGCAUUCGUGGUCAACUCAGCUGGCACCAGAGGACUUAUGCCUUCAGUGAGAACCCACUCCCCACGGUAGAGAUCGCCAUCCGCAACACGGGUGAUGCCGACCAGUGGUGUCCCCUGCUGGAGACUCUCACAGAUGCUGAAAUGGAGAAGAAGAUCCGAGACCAAGACAGAAACACAAGGCGCAUGAGACGACUCGCCAACACUGCUCCAUCGUGGUAGAAAGACUCAUUAACCCACUUCAGAUGAUGCGUCCAUGGAAGAGCCUUGUUACACUAAGUCCAUUAAGUAUAUAUACACACACACAAGCACAGUCAUCCACCAAGCAUCUACACAUUCCUGUAAACAUGAGCAUGUGGACAAUACGCUGACUGACCGCAGCGUCGCAUCGAGGCGAUGCUUUGCACUCGUUAGACCCUGCUGAGCCACAACACUGUGACUGACCUGACCACCUCUGCCCUGAUGGGCAGCUCAUGCUCCUUCUGGCCCCGAGAUGUUCUCAACAGAUCCUUGAAGCGCUGUCAGUUACAAGCUACGGUCCAUAGAUGGGCCGCGUUUGGUUUCAGACUGGACAUGCCAUACUUAGGAUAUGAAUGUUAUUAACUGUAGUGGUUAUAAUGUUUUGGCUUAUGGGUGAACCAUCACUACAGAUUAAAACUGCCUUCAAAACGCCAAUGGUGGCACCGACUCGAUGUUAGUGAAGGGAUUUCUUAUAGGUUAUAGACCAGCCACCAUCCACACUGACAGCGUCACACUACAGUGUCUGCUUUAUGCUGCUACACUUCUUCAAUGAAAUGGUGUAUUUCUGUUCUACAGACCAGUGUUUGGUAAUCGAUUAAUCAGUUAACAAACAAUAUUGGGUUGUUUCAAACAAAAAUCAUGAUUCCUAGUCAUUUUCAGCUUAACCAUAUUCUGAAGAAUGUCUCUUUGUGCUUUUUCUUUUAAUAUUUAGUUUUUAUGGUGGAUUCAUUUUUAUAGAAAAAUAACAAUAAAUGUGUUUUGUUAACUCGUGUA